UAUUUUAUUUAAUAAGAUUUUAAUAAAUUUUUAUGAUGAUUUGAAAAUAAUAAUUCUUUUAAAUAAACUUGAUAUUUAAUACUUUAUACUUAUACUUCAAUUUAAAGUAGUUUUUUAAAUAAUAAUAGUUAGCUAUGAAACAAAUUUAUCAAUUACAGGAUAAUAUACCCAUAUUUUAUGAAUCUAAAAAAUCAAGACAAGUUCUUGUUGAAUUUCAUGAUGGAAAUUUUUUGUACAUUAAUGGUAUAGUUGAUAUCAAAGUUAUAGAAGGAACAAUAGAUAUUUGGGGUUAUCAUAUGACAUCUAAUACUGAAAAAACUACUAUAUAUUCAUCUGGUUUAUAUGGUUUAAUAGCAAUUCAAUCCAAAAAUAAGAAAAAAACCUUAGUUUUAUUAGAAGAAAGUAAUUUAAGUUGUGAUUGGAAAGCAUUUAUGAAGAAUUAUAUACCAGAUUUUAACAUCUUUGAACCAACUAAUACAAGAUUAACACCACAAAAAUCCAUUAUAGACCUUGAAGUACAAUUAAAUUGUCAAUUUGAUUUAAGCAAAACACCUAUUUCAAACCAUAGACUUGUUACAGAUGAGCAGUGGGAAGGUUUUGGAAAUGAACUUAUGAACUGUUCCGUUAAUCAACCAAUGAAAAUAUUAUUUGCUGGUUAUCAAAAUGCUGGAAAGUCAACAAUGAUGUGUUACUUUAUAAACAAAUGUUUGCAAAAAUGGUCCAAAGUUUUAGUAUUAGAUUUUGAUAUUGGCAAAAGUGAAUUUUUCAUUCCAGGGUGCAUAUCAGCUUUUAUCAUUGAUUCACCUCUUCUUGGUCCUAAUAUUACACAUUUGAAAUCUCCAUAUAAGUCUUAUUUUUUUGAAAGUACUAAUGUUAUGACUAAUAUAAAUAUGUAUUUGGAAAUGGCUAAAGCAUUAACUAAUGACAUUAAAAAUGAUCAAUAUUUGGAAGAAAUGCCAAUUUUCAUUAAUACUAUGGGAUUUGUAAAAGACGAAGGACUUGAAAUUUUGCAUAAGCUAAUAUGUAUUACUAGCCCUACAGAUAUAGUUCAGCUUAAAUUAAAUGAAUAUCAAGAUUUAAAUUUACAUUCAAGUAUAAUUAGUGAUAGUACUGGUGCUACUUUGUCAUACAAUCUUUGGUAUUUUACUUCAAUAGUUAAAGUAAAAUUAGCUAAAGCCCCAUAUUACAAAAGCAUUGAAAAACCCAUAAAACAACAAUUAUUAAUUACAUCUUACUUCAGUACGUGUUUACGAAAUACUGAUAUAUAUUUUAAUGAUAUUACUCCAUAUCAUGUUAAUAUUCAGAAUAUUGAUGUACAUAUUACUGAAAUAAACGAUUUAACUCGUGAUGAAAAAUUAGCUGUAAUUAAUGCUAAUAUAGUAGCACUUUGCAUUUCAAAUAAAUCAAAUCUGUGUGAAUGUGUUGGAUUUGGUUUUGUCCGCAAUGUAAAUAUGUCUUCUGGAGACUUAUACAUUAACACUCCUGUUAAGCUUAACAAUUUGAUUAAUGUUAAUCAGUUAAGACUUGGUAAAAUAACUUUACCUUACACUUUUUAUACUAAAGGAUUGCCAAUUUUACGAUACAUUAGUACAAAACAGGACAACAUAUUCAAUGAAAGUGUGACUAGACAUUAUAAAAUUAUGCAUUAAGAAAUAUAUUUUAUGAUGUUCAUUAUAAUUCUAAUAAAAUAAACAAAUUAACAAAAAUAAAUGAGA